CGUCUGGGCACAGCUAUAAACCACUAGCUGCUUCAACUGGUAAUCCAGUCAGUAGGCAACUGCAGGGGCUCGCCACUGACUGAAGGUUGGCAGAAGGAGGCUGUUCAAGGCUGUUUUUGCCUUCACUAUGGCAAAAAUCAUUUUGAGGCACCUCAUAGAGAUUCCAGUGCGUUACCAGGAAGAAUUUGAAGCUCGAGGUCUAGAAGACUGCAGGCUGGAUCAUGCUUUAUAUGCACUGCCUGGGCCAACCAUCGUGGACCUGAGGAAAACCAGGGCAGUGCAGUCUCCUUCAGUGGACUCAGUGGCAGAGACGCCACCCCGAGAAGGCAAAUCCCACUUUCAGAUACUGCUGGAUGUGGUCCAGUUCCUCCCUGAAGACAUCAUCAUUCAGACCUUCGAAGGCUGGCUGCUGAUAAAAGCACAACAUGGAACCAGAAUGGAUGAGCAUGGUUUUAUCUCAAGAAGCUUCACCCGACAGUACAAACUACCAGAUGGUGUGGAAAUCAAAGAUUUGUCUGCAGUCCUCUGUCAUGACGGAAUUUUGGUGGUGGAAGUAAAGGAUCCAGUUGGGACUAAGUGACAUCGUAUCGGUUCCUGUUCAGAUGACAUGGGGAAGAUGAUUGUUCAGCCACUGGUGCUACGAGAAUGUUUGUAUUACCCACAUUUGAAAUGAUUUGCUAUGAUUUUUAUGAAGAUUAAAAAUAUAUACACAGUUCCUGGUAUGUUGAGAUUGUCUUUAUUAUUCUUACUCAGAAAGGAAAAUUUGUAAAUAUGUUUGUGUGGCUCAAACUGAUACUAUUCUUACAACUGAAACAUUGAAAAUACAGAAGGCUGUAUUUGGAUAAUAGAGAGGACUCAGAAUUGUUUCUUAUUAUUCCAACAAUGCCAGCUGCAUUUGUAAUCACUGAUGGCAAAAGAGCCAUACUCAUUUAAGGAAUUCCUAUCCAUUUUAUGAAAAUUUUUAUUUUGCCAAAAAGAGUUGUGAUUCCCUUCACUCGAUAAGCUUUUCUUUUUAAUGUAUUUUAAUUAAAGUGAGGUUUUAUAAAUAUGGAGUGCAAAAAUUAAAAUACAGUAUUUGGAAAUUGGGUCUGAAAUCUAUUUAUGAUUCAGUAUAGUUGUUACUGCCUUAAAGGUCAAUGGGAAUUUUCAGAUAUAAAUCUUAUUUUUAAAAAGUUCAAAUAUGUACCUCAUUCAUCUUUUUAAAGAUAUACUGAAUCAUAUCUGAAGUGUUUUGACUUUUUAAAAAUAGUAUAAGUUCUAUGGACACGUACGAAAUGUUCAUGAGAUAUGUAUUAACAUAUCCUCUUGUAAAUUAAUAUGAAGCUUUAGGACACCACUUUCAAAAGUUUGAUUACUGAAUUCAGUGAGUUUUAAUCUGUGCUUUUUAGAUGCUCCAUAAACUUAGAUGGCAAAAUGUAACACAUCUGCUAUCUCUGCAUAAUCCUUAGCUUUAAAUAGCCUGGCAGCCAGUGGAAGUUCAACACCUGAGCUUACACUGCAUGUCUGAGUUUACACAGCACAUCUGAUGAUUGGUGCUUAUUAUAUUCUCCCAAACUGCUGCCUUGUCUCAAGGUGGAGACAUUGGUAGAGGUUAAGGACUAGUGCCUUCAACAGCUGCUCUGGGACAUUCCAAAGGUUUGCUAUCUCAUUCUGUAUAUAUGAAGUAUUUCUUCAGAGGCAGUGGCUGCCUGCCUUUUACCCCGCACUGAAUGUGAGCUGACAAGCAGCCCGAGGACAGUGCUAAGAAUAGACACGGAAUGCAGGGUGUGGAAAACACCAGGGCAAAUGCAGAUUGCUGACAGUAUCCCAGUGCUCCCCCACGUUGUUUUACCGUAGUUCAAGUUAAAAUGUAAAAGACAUGAAGCAAUAGAAAAACGAAUCAAACAGUUCUAAAAGUUAUUUUGAAAACAAAUGUAAUCUGAGAAGAAUGUUUACUGUCUAAUUAAAUUGAAAAGAUUUUGCGGUUAUAUGCAUAUCUGAGGUUUAUGCCUAUACAAGGAGGUUUGUGUGUCCAACUCAGAUAUGAAAAAUUUUGUUUGACCAAGUGAAUAUCACAGAUCAGCUUGGCUGCAUAACAAAGUUAAUAGCAGUCAUUGAGAUUCCAGAUCUAAUAUGAUCAGAACUAGGAUACCAUUUGUCUGGAUUAUCAUUCUUUCCCAUUGAUUGGCAGAAUCAUGUGAAAAGAAACUAAUGUGGUAAGAAACAAAAAUACCCUCUCUUUUGGCCUUGAUCUUACUGUAGAUGAGAUCCUCCUCCCAGGAAAUUUCAGGAGGUGAAAUUACUACCAUGAGGAGCCACUGAUAGAAAAUAUGUUCUUUAAAAAUAAAAUUAAAGUAAACACAUUUCUAACGAGCUCUUGUUUUUUCCCAAAGAUAAAUUUUAAAGUCUUAUAGCCAUUUUUUUGAUUUGGGAAAUAUACCAAACACCAUAAAUAAUAAAAAUCAUCUAUGGUUCUUCUGCUACCUUGAGGUAGCUAUUUUAAAUAUCUUGUUCAACAACAGGACUACAUAAAUGCAUGUAUCACUUUUCACAAAAUUAGGAUUAUAUCUGCAUGGAGUUUGAUAUCCUGAUUGUACUGGCUGUUGUCUGUUGCCCUCCCCACUCUCACCAACUCAAACCAUUCUCCGCCCUUCUCAGCCCCACUCUGAGCCCAAGCAGGCUGACCCGGAUGGGCCACAUCAUUCCAGUUUCUGGUCGGGUUCAGUCAAUGAGAGGCACUGACUGGAGACCAGAGAUUGCAGAGAGAUUAGUGGGCAAGAGGGGAGAAAGGUCAGGGAAUUUUUCUGUCACCCUUAACCUGCUGCAGACUGAGGACCUGUCAGGGCUGCAUCCUUCUAUGACUGAGUUCCUCCAGGGCUGCCACUCUCACAGAGCUCAGGGUUGUAACACUGUCUCUUCCUUUUGUCUGUUCAAAAGGAGGAGGAGGGGUGACUCUCUGCUCUUUCUUGUACCCUGUGUGUCACUAUCCCUUAUUGAUUCUCCUUACUUUGCCCACUCUCUCAUAAAUGGUCCUUUAAGCAAUGGAAUUGUUUUCUGCCAGAACUCUGAUUGUUUGACCUUUUAGUCGAUUGCAGGGUAAAUGCAUCUGAUAGCAAUCAUUUAAGCAUACCUUUAGAAAGACCCAGUAUGGUAGAUGUAACCGAAUGUGUGUUUCAAGCCAGGGAAUCUGUGCAUGGCCAACCUGGAGAUUCAUUUUUUAUCUAUGGUAAACAUCUGAGCCUGUUCUGUGGAAUAUGUGCCAUACAGGAAAUUGAGGCCUUGAGUUUUGAGUUAAAUGAUGGUUGCCAGGUGGAGUUCUUUAGAUGGAGGGUGUUAAGUGAAAGUGCUGUAGAAACUGCAUGAUGUUUGCAAGCGGUUGUGUUCUCCUGGCCAGCCUGCCACUACUGGACUCUCUCUUCUGUAUUAACCCCCUAAUAAAACACCACGUUUCAUCCGCUAGCUCUGGGUCUCUUCUUUGGCCUCUU